AUGGGUCUUCUGAAGGAUCGCCAGUUGGCCAGCAUGAUGUUCACGACUUUCUUCAUCGGCUUCCCCUUCGUCACCAUUCUCUUCAUCAUUCCACAAAGAGCCCAAGCCGUCUAUGGCCUCAACCCAGUGCAGUCAAGUUUAUCUGUCCUUCCACUGUUGCUCACCUCGCCAUUUGCCACAGCAAUCUCUGGAGUGUUGACAUCAAACUACAACGUACCCCCCGCAUACCUCAUCCUCAUUGGGUCUGUCAUCCAGCUUAUCGGAGUCGGUCUUUCAAUUAGCAUUCCGCUCACGGGCGACCACAUUUCUGCCUCACAAUAUGGCUUCGAGGCCGUCAUGGGAAUUGGCUUCGGAUUGACGCUCAGCACAGUCCUGACUCUAGGGCAGCUUAUUGUCAGCAAAGAGAACGCUGGAAUCGUGAUGGGAGCUCUGACUCAGAUUCGCGUCCUUGGCGGGACUAUUGCACUAGCAAUUUGCUCUGCAGUGCUUUCAAAUGACUUGAGGGCGGGGCUUGCAGGACUCAUCAAGCCUGGCGAGCUCGGCCAAAUCGCCGAAUCCCUGUCAUCGAUCAACGACUUGGACCCGGAGCGAGCCGCUGCAGUGCGACUCGCGUUUGCGACUGGGUACAAGCGACAAUUCCAGAUACUGACUGGCUUCAGUGGAUUAGCUCUGUUGGCAGCAUUGUUCUUGUUUAGUCGCAACCCAGUCACCGUCAAAGGCGCGACCUCCAAAGAAGCCCAGGGCAGCUCUAUUGACUCGUAUGAGCUAGCCGGGAGAGGGUCAUCAGAGGAGCAGAGGAAUGCUUGA